AUGUCCUCUCCACUUUCUGCCGAAGAUGAAGAUAUCUUCGAGCGUCUUCAACAGCGAUCCGACCCGAAAGUGCUGGAGGAGCAACAGCAUGCGAUCAAUGAACGAGUCCAUGCAAUUUAUCAGAAAGCUCAGAUGCGACUUGGAGAAUUGAUCGAUCAAAACUCGACGCUCCCAUGCGCAAUUUCUUCAGUCCAGGUCCUCAACGCGUCUCAUACACGCAGAGGCUUCUUGGAAUCGAUCUUCAGCCCGCUGUUAAGCGCCAAUCAAGCACGACCCUAUACUCUGUCUGAGGCAUUGCGGGAAAUCUCGGCUCGUGCGGACAAGCUCGGUCGGUUUGAUAUUUUUCAACAGCCUAUCUCAGUCUAUCUUGAUCAAUCGCCGGGUGUGGAUCCGCAAACCGGGUUGAACAACAUCGACGUCUUUUUCUCCGUCAAGGAAAAGUCCCGCGUACUCUUGAAAACAGGAACCGAUCUCGGUAACACCGAAGGCUCAGCCUAUGGAAAUCUGUUAUGGCGCAAUGUCUUCGGGGGUGCUGAGACGCUCAACUUGAACGCUUCCAUGGGUACGAGGACGAGGUCUGCUUAUCAGGCAGCCUUCGAGACCCCCAUCCUUAGCGACCCUGAUUUCCGCCUGGAGAUUGGCGGCAUCGCAAGUUCCACACAAAAGUCCUGGGCAAGCCAUGAAGAGGUCCUGAAGGGCGGCUGGAGUAAGCUUCGAUGGCUGAGCCAAUCCGGUCAUCGCCACGAAUUUGGCUACAAUGGUUACUGGAGACAGAUUACUGGAUUGGCCGAGAACGCCUCACCUACAGUUCGCGCCGAUGCAGGUGACAGUGUGAAGAGCAGUGUGUUCCAUAGCUGGGUCACCGAUAGAAGAGACAACCCCUUCCUCCCCUCCCGUGGCUACUACGCUAAGGCUCUCAACGAGUUGGCUGGCUGGGGACCCCUGAAGGGAGAUGUUUCUUUCUGGAAAUCUGAGUUUGAGGCACAAGGAGCGGUACCCGUUCCAAUUCCGGGAAUCAAGGGCGACAGCGGUAUCAGCCUUACUACUGGUUUCCGCGCCGGCCUCCUGUAUCCUCUGGGGCUGGAUUCCAAUUCGCGGCCCCAGCUCUCUCGCGUCAACGACCGCUUCCUCCUUGGAGGCCCCACAGACGUUCGGGGAUUCCGUCUAUGCGGGCUUGGACCUCAUGAUGGGGCAGAUGCUGUAGGAGGUGAUGUGUACGCUGCCGGAAGCGCUAAUCUCCUCUUCCCCCUUCCUCGAUUGGGUGCUGAAAAGCCCCUACGGUUGCAGGCGUUCGUGAACGGUGGCCGCCUGCUACCUUUGCGAACCUCGCAGAAGGAGGUGCCCACUAACAGCGCUGAAGUCAAAGACGCGAUGACCUCUACUAUUUCGGAGCUGAGUAAUGGUCUACCUAGCGUUGCAGCAGGCGUUGGACUUGUAUAUGCCCACCCUGUCGCCAGAUUUGAGCUGAACUGUUCACUCCCCCUAGUGUUGCGGAAGGGCGAGGAAGGUAGAAAGGGGCUGCAGCUCGGAAUUGGCAUUAGUUUCCUGUAG